AUGGUCCCUACCCUCAAACUUGCCCUCGUCGGCUUGCUCGGCGCUGCCGCCGUCCAGGCAAUUCCCGACAGUGUCCCAGAACUCGAUGUCAUUGCCACAUCAACUCUUGAGGAGCGUGCUUCAACUUGCACCUUCUCCGGCUCCAAGGGUGCAGCUUCUGCGAUCAAGUCCAAGACCUCCUGCUCGACCAUUGUCUUGUCUUCCGUGGCUGUCCCCGCUGGCACCACUCUUGAUCUGACUGGAUUGAAGAAGGGAACCACCGUCAUCUUCGAGGGAGAGACUACCUUCGGCUACAAGGAAUGGUCCGGCCCUCUAGUCUCUGUCUCCGGAACUGACAUUACUGUCAAGGGAGCCUCUGGCUCUGUCCUCAACGGAGAUGGUGCCCGUUGGUGGGAUGGAAAGGGAACCAACGGCGGCAAGACUAAGCCCAAGUUCUUCUAUGCUCACAAGAUGAUCAACUCCAAGAUCGAGAACAUCUCCAUCAAGAAUUCCCCCGUCCAGGUCUUCAGCAUCAAUGGGGCCAAUGCCCUUACCUUAGAUGGAAUUACUGUGAACAAUGCCGACGGUGACAGCAAGGGCGGUCACAACACUGACGCCUUCGAUAUUGGGUCCAGUACUGGUGUCUACAUCACCAACCCAAUUGUCCACAACCAGGAUGACUGCUUGGCAGUUAACUCUGGCACGGAUAUCUCCUUCACAGGAGCUCAGUGCACUGGAGGCCACGGCAUCUCGAUCGGCUCCGUGGGUGGACGUUCGGAUAACGCUGUGAAUAAGGUGACCAUUGAGAACUGCACUAUCAAAAACUCCCAGAAUGGUGUCCGUGUCAAGACUGUCUACGGCGCGACUGGCUCAGUCAAGGGCGUUACGUACAAGGAUAUCACCCUGUCCGGAAUCUCCAAGUAUGGUGUUGUCAUCGAGCAGGACUACAAGAAUGGCAGCCCCACUGGCAACCCCACCAACGGUGUUCCCAUCACUGGUCUGACGCUGAGCAACGUAAAGGGUACUGUUGACAGCAGCGCUACUAACGUGUACAUCCUGUGUGCCUCUGGGGCUUGCUCUGGCUGGACGUGGAACGGCGUCAGUGUCAAGGGUGGAAAGACCAGCUCGAAGUGCAAGAACGUGCCUGGCAAUGCCAAGUGCUAA